AUGACCUCGCCGCCACCCGCCAUCCUCUCCCUCCACGACACGAUCCCCCUGCCCGGCACCGACACAGCCAUCCCCCGCCUCGGCUUCGGCGUCUACCAAACGCCGCGCUCAGCCUGCAAACAAGCCUGCCUCUCCGCCCUGACAGUUGGCUACCGCCACAUCGACUCAGCACAGCUCUACGCCAACGAAGCAAAGGUCGGCCACGCCCUGCAGGCCUCUCGCCUCCCCCGCGCCGCCGUCUUCCUGACGACCAAGAUCCACCGCAAAGACGGCAGCGCCGCCCGCACGCUGCGCUCCGUCCGCGCGAGCGUGCGCCGCAUGACAGGUUGCGACGACAAGGGCGACGGCGACGGCGAGACGGCCCCCCCUUACAUCGACCUGGUCCUCGUGCACCGGACGUGCCGCAAGCGGCGGGCGCUGUGGCGGGCGCUGGAGACGGUGAAAGGGGAGAGGGGCGAGGCGGCCGGUGGGCAGCGGGCGCUCGUCGCCUACUGCGAACGGCACGGCAUCGUUGUCCAGGCCUGGAGCCCCCUCGUGCGCGGGACGAAAAUGGCAGACCCGACGCUGCGCCGACUCGGCGAGAAGCACGGCAAGACACCGGCGCAGGUGCUGGUGCGGUACAGCCUGCAGAAGGGAUGGGCGCCGUUGGUCAAGAGCACGUCUGAGGCGCGGAUGAGAGAGAACGCCGACGUGUUUGACUUUGCGCUCGAGGGGGAGGACAUGGAGAUUCUCGACGGGCUGGACCAGGGCACGGAGGGCGCUCUCUGUCCGCAUCUCAUCCAUUAA